AUGGACGGUCCUUGCAGGCUUUGCCUGCAAGCCCAGAGGCUGCUGGCCCAAAGGAGGCCCCACCGGCCCUUCUUUGAAUCCUUCAUCCGGGCCCUCAUCAUCUUGUGUGCCCCUCUGUCUGUGGUCCUCUCCUCCAUCUCCAUCUGUGAUGACCACUGGCUCCUGGCCGACAACUGCCUCUUCCGGCUGUGGCGCUUCUGCACGGCCUCCAACCAGACUGGGCUGCACUGUCUCCAAGACCUGAGUCAGGCCCACGUGCCCAGGCUGGCCUCAGGCAUGGCCGUGGCCCACAGCGUAGCCACCUUGGCCGUGGGGGUUGCCAUCUUGGUCCUGGAGCUCCUUAUGGUGUCCCAGAUGUGUGAGGACCCCCAUUCAUGGCGCGAGUGGGCCCUGGGCUCCACCCUCUUCCUUGUCUCAUUCAUCUUCUCCUUCGGGGGUCUCCUGAGCUUCCUGAUCCUUCUCGGGAACCAGGUCACGCUCAUCGGCCUCACCCUGAUGUUCUGGGGCAAGUUCACGGCCUCCUUCCUCUUUUUCCUGAACGCCAUCCACGGCAUCACCCACUUCAACAGCGUCACCCAUCCGUGGGGCUUGCCUGCAAAAUUUUAG